CGGGUCCGGCAUGAGCGAGGCGCGGCUGCGGCCCGGGCGCGGCCCCGGCGGGGCCCGAGACCCCCAGGACAAGGAGUCAGAGUCUGAGAACAGGCUGGAUGGAGAGACAGCGUCAGACAGCGAGAGCAAGUCCGAGUUCGGGGGGUCCUCGCCUGUGCCCACCUCAGAUGACACCCCAGAGGUGCUGAACAGGGCCCUGUCCAACCUGUCCUCGAGAUGGAAGAACUGGUGGGUGAGAGGGAUCCUCACGCUGGCCAUGAUCACCUUCUUCUUCAUCAUCAUCUACCUGGGCCCCAUGGUGCUGAUGACAAUAGUGAUGUGUGUGCAGAUCAAAUGCUUCCACGAGAUCAUCACCAUCGGCUACAACGUGUACCACUCCUACGACCUGCCCUGGUUCAGGACGCUCAGCUGGUAUUUCCUGCUGUGUGUGAAUUAUUUCUUCUACGGGGAGACGGUCACUGAUUAUUUCUUCACGCUGGUGCAGAGGGAGGAGCCGCUGAGGAUCCUCAGCAAAUACCAUCGCUUCAUCUCCUUCGCCCUCUACCUCACAGGGUUCUGCAUGUUUGUGCUGAGCCUGGUGAAGAAGCACUACCGCCUGCAGUUCUACAUGUUUGGCUGGACCCACGUGACGUUGCUGAUCGUGGUCACCCAGUCCCACCUCAUCAUCCACAACCUGUUUGAAGGAAUGAUCUGGUUCAUCGUGCCCAUCUCCUGUGUGAUCUGCAAUGACAUCAUGGCCUACAUGUUUGGCUUCUUCUUCGGCCGCACGCCGCUCAUCAAGCUCUCCCCAAAGAAGACCUGGGAGGGUUUUAUUGGAGGAUUUUUUUCCACUGUUCUCUUUGGGUUGCUGCUGUCCUACGUGAUGUCGGGGUACCGCUGCUUCACGUGCCCCGUGGAGUUCAACAACGACACCAACAGCUUCACCGUGGACUGCGAGCCCUCGGAGCUGUUCCAGCUGCAGGAGUACAACGUCCCCGUGCUGCUGCACUCCGUGCUGGGCUGGAGGACCGUGAGGAUGUACCCCUUCCAGAUCCACAGCAUCGCCCUCUCCACCUUCGCCUCCCUCAUCGGGCCCUUCGGCGGCUUCUUCGCCAGCGGCUUCAAGAGGGCCUUCAAAAUCAAGGACUUUGCCAACACCAUCCCAGGCCACGGGGGCAUCAUGGAUCGCUUCGACUGCCAGUACCUGAUGGCCACCUUUGUCAACGUCUACAUUGCCAGCUUCAUCAGGGGCCCCAACCCCAGCAAGCUGAUCCAGCAGUUCCUGACCCUGAGGCCAGAGCAGCAGCUGCACAUCUUCAACACCCUCAAAGCUCACCUGGUGGACAGGGGAGUGCUGGCCAGCCUGGAGGAUGCAUAGGCAGGAGCUUGGAGCAGGACUGAGAGCACACAGGCCUCCUCCAGGGAGUCCCCUGAUUUCAGACAAUAACAAGGCCUCAUUUCACUGUAACUUUUUCUUCCUUUCUUGGUAAAUGUUUGCAUUUGUGGUUUAUUUUAUUUUAUUAUUUUUUUUUUCUAAAUAAUAUAUUUAUAGAGCUUUGGUUCAAAGAGCGAAUGCUGGGUUUGUAGCUGAGAGGAGGUGAGGGGUGGUGGAGCAGGAGGGGAUGGAUGGCUGUCCUGCUCAGGGGGCAGCUCUGGGACCCUCCUCCUGUGCUGGGGAAUGUCCCAAGGCAAUUCCUGCCCGAGGGAAUCUCCUGGCACAGGGAGAGGAUCCUGCGUGAGCCCAUUCCCGCUGCAGCUGCUCUCAGUGCUGCUCCUGCAGUGCCUCUCACAUUCCCUCUCCUCUGCCCUGGCAAAUCACAUUUUUGUGGCCACCCAAAGCAGGAGCAGGCUGGGCACAGGGAGUGGCAGCUGUGUGUGGGAACGUGGGAGCUUCGGAUUCCCCCAGAACCCGUGGAGGUAAACGAGAUUUAGAAGUUUCACUGAGCAAUUCCUGCCAGGUGAGAACAAUUUUUAAACUCCUUGGUUUGUUUCCCCCAUUAAAUAACCUUUAGAACCACACUUCUUCAUUUCUCCAAGCUUGGAAACCCCACACGAGAUGUUUGAAGGAGCCUGGGCAGCAGUUCCCAGGCAGUUUCUGGGGGUUUUGUUUUCUUUCAGGGAUCAUGUCUGUUUGUUACUUGAGUUGUAGAAGUCGUGCUGCUGAGUUUACCAAGGUCUGUGUUGCAUUUCAGUCUGGGUUCAUUUCUCUGCAGGCUUCUGUCCUGCUUGGCUCACUGAAUCUUGUCAGAGGUAGUUUUUACUUUAUAGCUGCAGGUUUUAUGAAGUACUUUCCUUUAUUUUGUCAUACUUUUUUAUUAUUUAAAAAUGAGAGAGCCCUAAAGAUUGUAAAACUUUCCUUUUUUUUUUUUUCUUUUUUCCUUUUUUUUUUUUUUUUUUUUGUGACCAGAUAGUGAAAAUAUCCCCAUUUACUCCUUGUGCAAACACGAGGGGACUCUGCUUUUCCUUCUUUCCAUAGUUUGUGCAUGGGAGAGAGAAACUUUACUUUGUUUUAGCCCAGGGAACGAGUGACAGGGAGAGCUCCUGCAGAACUACACUGGAGUUUUCAAAA